UUCAACUACCAAACCCACCAGUACAAGGGAUGUCUUUUCUCCUUGGUUAUAUAAUGAAGCUGAUAUGCACAAGCCAAGUCUCUUGGACAAUCGUUACAAAGAGGAAAGAGGAGAAGAUCGUGAAGCCAUGGGAGGAGUUGGGGGAGGAGGAACAGGUAGAGGAAGAGGCGAUCGCCAAGCAGAGCCGCUGCUUCGGAAGCUCUCUGAAUCCUCUUCUGACAAUUCUUCGGAGGAGCAUCUAGUGAAAAGAACCGGCACGGUAUGGACGGCGAUGGCGCACGUCAUCACAGCGGUGAUAGGGUCCGGCGUGCUGUCGCUGGCGUGGAGCGUGGCGCAGCUCGGCUGGGUCGGGGGGCCGGCGGCCAUGGUGCUCUUCGCCGGGGUGACCGUGGUACAGUCCUCCCUGCUCGCCGACUGCUACAUCUCCCGCGACCCGGAGCGCGGCGCCGCCGUCAGGAACAGGUCCUACGUCGACGCCGUCAGGCUCUACCUAGGCGAGAAGAGCCAGAUGCUCAGCGGGUUUUUCCUCGGCUUCAGCUUGUUUGGGAACAGCGUGGUGUACACUCUCACCGCGGCCGCUAGCAUGAGGGCGAUCGAGAGAGCCAACUGCUACCACAGGGAAGGCCACGGCGCGCCGUGCUGCGCCGCCACCGCCGGCGGGUCGUCGGACGCCUACUACAUGCUCCUGUUCGGCCUCGCGCAGGUGGCGCUGUCGCAGAUACCGGACUUCCACAGCAUGGCGUGGCUCUCCGUCUUCGCCGCCGCCAUGUCCUUCUCCUACUCCUUCAUCGGCUUCGGCCUCGGCGCCGCCAAAGUGAUCGAGAAUGGAGUCAUCAAGGGCGGGAUCGGAGGCGUCUCCCUGGUGUCCCCGGCGCAGAAGGUGUGGCGCGUGGCGCAGGCCCUGGGCGACAUCGCCUUCGCCUACCCGUUCUCCCUGGUGCUGCUGGAGAUCGAGGACACGCUGAGAUCGCCGCCGGCGGAGAGCCAGACGAUGAAGGCGGCGGCGAGGGCCAGCAUCGCGGUCACCACCUUCUUCUACCUCGGGUGCGGGUGCUUCGGCUACGCGGCGUUCGGGGACGACACCCCGGGGAACCUCCUCACCGGCUUCGGGGAGCCCUACUGGCUGGUCGGCCUCGCCAACCUCUGCGUCGUCCUCCACCUCCUCGGCGGCUACCAGGUGUACGCGCAGCCCAUGUUCGCGCUCGUGGAGCGGCGGUUCGGCGCCGGCGUGGUCGACGCGGAGAUGCCGCUGCUCGGCCGCGUGAGCGUGUCCAGGCUGUGCUUCCGCACGGCGAACGUGGCGGCGGCGACGGCGGUGGCCGUGUGGUUCCCCUACUUCAACCAGGUGGUCGGGCUGAUCGGCGCCUUCACCUUCUGGCCGCUGGCCAUCCACUUCCCCGUCCAGAUGUACCUCGCGCAGGGCAAGGUGGCGCCGUGGACGGGGCGGUGGCUCGCCAUCCAGGCCUUCAGUGCCGGCUGCCUGGUCGCCUGCGGCUUCGCCUCGGUUGGCUCUGCCAUGGGGGUGUUCGGCCCCGAGAGAAGCUAGCUGCAACCAACUGAGCCAAAAUUAAUAGUCUCUAUUCUCUAGUACUUAGCUAGGAUAUGUAUAAAUGGGAAAGAUAUACUCUAAUUCAAAGGGGAACACGCCAGAGAUAUUUUAAGCACCAAUGUGACAUUAGCAAACACAAGAGUUUUAGCUUCAUCUCUGCACGAUACAUGUGUCCUUUUAAUGUGACAAUACAACAUGCCGAAUCACAUGGACAAAUUACAAGACAUUGUACAGCCUUCAUUUUUACA